AGUCCAUGUCCAACACUCCAAAAUUGGACGCAUGGUUUCCAGGAACUCCUCCAGCACAGCAACCCCAGUUGAACCAAAACUUUAUGUUUAAUAACGUGGCUCUUGAUCCUUUCAAUGAUCCUUUCACCACUGCUGCCACCCCUCUGUUGAGUAAUCUCACUCUCAAUAGAAACAACGCAAAUGCUUCCACUACGACACAACCUCCAGGGCUUACCGGAGGUUUGGGCUACAGCGGUGUGUGGAACAACCUGGCCACCAAAUCCCGUAACAACACCAUUUGGAACAAUACUGGCUCCAUCUGGAAUAGCGGCGGUGUAAAUGGCACCUCCAGCCCCAACAUCUCCAACACCAAUCUCAACAACUUGAGUUCUACAAACCUCAACAACUUGAGUGCUACCAACCUCAACAACUUGAGUGCUACCAACCUCAAUGGAACCAGUGGACUUCCCGCACCAACCACCACCAACACUGAUCCACAUAUCAUCCACAGCGCUGCUGUUCAAGCAUUCCAGAUGCUCUCGACGUCCAACCUGCUCGAGUUUGGCAUGGCCAAAGGAUUCACUCUCUUCCAGGCCACCAAAAACAUCGUACCUCAAGUAUCAUUCAACUUCAACCAGUUUCUUGGGGCCUUGACCAACACUCCGUCGGCCUAUAAGUUUGAACUCAUAUACGACGACUUUGGCACCGUCAACUACAUCAAAGUGGCGGAUGCUACCGUCAACUCGCCGUACCAAAGCUCUUUGAACAUCAACUUAAACGGACAAGGGCCAUCUCCUACCUUAACCACACCCGAAACCACCCCGUUCCGAGUCCAAAACCAACUUCCCAACUCCCAAGCGUCACAGCCCAACCUCCUGAUCUCUCUUGCUGCUUCUGCUGCCCAGUACACACCGCCCCGAGGUUUUUGGAACUAGUUUCCCGUAUAUAUAGUGUAAUAUAUGUAUUAGCAGCCGAG